CAAGAUUUUCCCUAUUCAUUUAUUUUCCUAAAAUCAAGCGUGGCUCUCUCCUGGUCCGACCAAUGUCACUCUUGACGUGACUUUUUUUGUUCCGCUAUCUUUCAGACUGUUACUAAGUUUGGUAAAGUUAAAUCAAUUUAGUGAAGAUCUGGUUUGGGCAUGUGAGUUCAUGAUCAACAUUUGAGCUAAGUUGCAGAGAUUAUAGUCAAGUAUGGGUGUUCUUGGCAGUUUGAAGUUGAAGUUGCUCAAACCAUCAGCCCAUCAUUCAAUUACGCCUCUAACUCACAGGAGAUCCAUCUCAUGGCCCUGUAAAAGGAUACCCACAUCCUCAAAUUCAAUGAUCACGAGAAAAUGGAACUGCAAGAGACAGAGUUUUAGCACUUCUGCCAUUUCCCAGCCCUUAACAACUUCCUCAGAGUCUUGCCAGUUGAAUACAAGUACUGAAGAUGGGGUGAAGGAAGAUGAGGAGAAGUUCAACUGGUUUGAAGAAUGGUAUCCUGUGGCACCAGAAUAUGAAUUGGAUAAGGGGGUGCCUCAUGCAUUCAAAGUGCUGGGUCUUGACAUUGUUGUUUGGUGGGAUAAUAAAGAGCAUGAAUGGAGAGUCUUUGAGGACAGUUGCCCUCACAGAAGGGCGCCUCUGUCUGAAGGAAGAAUUGAUGAGAAUGGUGAGUUGCAGUGCAGUUAUCAUGGCUGGUGUUUUGGCUCCAGGGGAGAAUGUAAGCAUAUUCCACAAGCCCCCUCUGAUGGACCUCCGGUCCACACCUCCAAGAGAGCAUGUGCAGGUGUUUAUCCAAGUCUACUACAACAAGGCAUCAUCUGGUUUUGGCCAAACACUGACCCACAUAUUCCUCCCAACAAAACUCCUCCAUUCAUUCCAAUGCUAAGCAAUCCAUCAUCCCAAGCUUCCCUAACAAUGAGAGAUAUUCACUAUGGGUAUGAAAUACUUACUGAAAAUUUGAUGGAUCCUUCCCAUAUUCCAUAUGCACAUCAUGGACUUCUUGCUCCAACAUUUAGAGUCCCUAGUUUCUUCAAGAUGACCCAGAGAGAAGGAAAACCUUUGGAUUUUCGUGUAUGUAAUCUGGACAAAUCAGGUUUUGAUGGUGAACGUGACAUGGGUUCUGCAAUAUUUAUAGCUCCUUGCAUCUUCUUAAUGGAGAACUUUCCUCCCCCACCCCCACUUACAAAGGAAAAGAUUGAUACAGGAAAUGGAGAAGAGAAGAUAAAGAGUCUUGAUAUUCUCUUUUUUUGUGUACCAGUAGCUCCAGGUAGAAGCAGGGUUAUAGCAAGCAGGAAUUUUGACACUUCGGUCUUCUUUCCACAAUGGAUAACUCACAUUCGAUGGAAUCUAGUCCUUGAUUCAGAUUUAUACCUUCUCCAUCUUGAGGAACAUAUACUUCAAGAGCAUGCAGGAGGGAAAUGGGAAAAGGCUUGUUAUGUGCCUACGAAAGGAGAUGCAUUUGUGGUUGCAUUUAGAAAAUGGUUGAAACGACAUUCUAAUGGUGGAGUUCCUUGGGAAGAGAAGCUCAAUAACACACUUCCACCAACCCCUCCAAAAGAGCAAUUAAUGGACAGGUGCGCAUUUUUAAAGAUCGUAUUGGUCUGGUGGUAUUCUUCGUGUUAUGCGACAUAUUCGGUGGUGUAGCAUGUUGCAGAUGAUCUUGGUGAAUUAUUUGAUGGUGUAGCGUGUUUGAGGAUUUUAUUUGGGUCCAUGCUAUGUCCUUGCCAACAUUGUAUUGGUCUAAUUAUGGAUUUAUGUAUCAUGUGAUGUAAUUUUAUAAUUAGGUCUUAUGUGUUGAGUCGACCUUAAGGUUAAGGUUCAUGAAUUGUAUAAAUACAUGUAAUAUUCAAUUGUGAAAUGUGUCUGCAUCUACAAAUAUUGUUUUGAUCCUUAAGUAGUUGAGGACAUAAGUGAAGAAGUAGGAAAGAGUGUGCACAAGUGUGAAGAGAAGAGUUUCAAUAUGUGUGCUUAACUAGAACUGUAAUCAGUCAUUUGGAGAUGCUAUUCUUUCAGUUCAUGUAA